AUGGCUAAGGCCGUACGCGAAACUGCGGGCGCCAGCAGUAGCCGAAGUUCUCGGCAUGACUAUCCCGACACAGGCGCCGAUACUGACGUCUCUGAUGACGAUCUCGAGGAGAUCGUCUCGGAGUCGGAUAGCGAUGCUGACUCAGCCGAUUACAAACUCGGCAGUGAAGAGGACGAGGAAGAUACUGAUGGAGGCGACGACGGAAGCGGUGAUGAGCGCAGCACACGACCGUCGAAGAAGGAGCAUCGUGCUCCUGCGUCCCGCAACAAGCGCGUGUGGUCGGACGCUGAGUUGACGUCCCUGGCGGCCGCUCGUUGGAACACUAAAGACGACCUCAAGGCUAUGCAGGGCAAGCAGGGGAGCCAGUACUGGAGGAAGCUCCGCGCCCACAUGCUUGAGAAGGACAAAAAUUGGGACCGCGAUGAGGGACAGAUGUCCAACGCAUGGAAACGCCUCGAGAAGAAGUACCUGAAAACGAAGCGGGGGGAGGGACAGAGCGGAGGGAAAGCAAUUAAAAAAAAACCGUGGUGGGAAUACGUCUACCACCUUAAAAAGCACUCGGCGAAGGCCAAGGCGCACGCCCUCGACGGUGGAGGCGCGGCGAACGUUGACGUCCAAGCGUACGCCCCGGUGCCUGGCUGCACCGACCGGGAAACUUCUGCGCCUCCAUCGGAGGGCCGUGGGCGCGCUAAACGCCGUUCAGCGUUGUGUUUGCCACUGAUAUCUCCGUCCCUCACAUUGUGGUUCAACGUUAGACGUAUCGACCGUCAAAUAUCAAAGCGGAUUGAAGAGACUGCCACCAUGGCGGCCGCAAAGAUGGUGAGCGAGGCCAUCAACUCCACCAAUGCGACGGUGGUGCGACAGCUGCAAGACUCCACCCAACUCCUUGUCGCCGCCAUGAACAUGGCGGCGCUCCAGGCUGGCUUUCGAAUGCAGAUAGCCAGCCCGCCAGCGCCUAUCGCGGCACCUUCGAAUACCCCGACUCCAGCACAUCCGGAAGUUGCGGGCGACGAGAACAUGGGAGUGUCCGAGGAUGUCGAGGAGCAUGCGGAGCCUUAA